AUGGUGGUGACGGGUGACGGUGAGGGUGAAGACUUGCGUGUGGAGAGGAAGCCUGCAGGUAGGAUAUCGAACGACGGCUGCUGUGAAAGUCGAUGUGUCGUAGAAGGUGCAGCACCGUCGAAUUACGGGAGGCGGACGAUGGAAGACGAGAAAGUCACAAUGCGAGACUCGGAUCGCUGGAGAUCGCCGCAAAUCAAGCCGCCGGUCAAAAGGCAGGCGGACUUCGUCAUCUUACCCUUCGCCGAUUCUACCGUAGUCAGGAUGAAAUCAGAGCAGGCAAAUGAAAUUCUGUCGCAAGUGUCCAUCAUCGUCAUCGAAAAGGCAAACCGGAAAUAG